GGAAGGGAGAGCGAGAGAGAAGUCAACUCAAAAUGGGUCACAACGAGUCUCUCGGUUUUACUUUUAGGGUUGAUGCUUGAGAGCAUCAUUUCUUACUCUAAGUACUUAAAUAGAAAUAAGAGAUACAUACAUCUCGUCUCUACUCUCCUCUCCUCUCCUCAACUUACUCACUCUCUCGCUUGAAAUCAAAUCCGACUGUCACUUGAGCUUAUUUGUACAUUUUGAUUCUUCUCGUCUGGUGGAGCUGCACAUGGACCAGUACGAGAAAGUAGAGAAGAUUGGUGAGGGAACCUAUGGCGUUGUUUAUAAGGCUCGUGAUCGUGUCACCAAUGAAACAAUUGCUUUGAAGAAGAUUCGCUUAGAGCAGGAAGACGAGGGUGUACCUAGCACUGCAAUUAGAGAAAUCUCUCUCUUGAAGGAAAUGCAACAUGGUAAUAUCGUCAGGUUGCAGGAUGUAGUGCACAGUGAGAAGCGUUUAUAUUUGGUAUUUGAAUAUCUGGACUUGGAUUUAAAGAAGCACAUGGAUUCAUGUCCAGAAUUUGGGAAAGAUCCACGAAUGAUAAAAACAUUCCUUUAUCAAAUUCUCCGUGGCGUUGCUUAUUGUCAUUCUCAUAGGGUUCUUCAUCGAGAUCUAAAACCUCAAAAUUUGCUGAUAGAUCGCCGUACCAAUGCACUAAAGCUUGCUGAUUUUGGUCUGGCCCGAGCAUUUGGUAUUCCUGUCAGAACAUUUACACAUGAGGUUGUUACUUUGUGGUACAGAGCACCUGAAAUACUGCUUGGAUCUCGCCAUUACUCUACUCCUGUUGAUGUGUGGUCAGUGGGCUGCAUAUUUGCUGAGAUGGUGAAUCAACGGCCAUUAUUUCCUGGGGAUUCUGAGAUCGAUGAGCUGUUCAAGAUCUUCAGAAUCUUGGGUACUCCAAAUGAGGAUACAUGGCCUGGAGUGACUUCAUUGCCUGAUUUUAAGUCUUCUUUUCCAAAGUGGCCGGCUAAGGAUUUGGCAACUGUUGUUCCAAAUCUUGAAUCUACUGGCAUUGACCUUCUUUCUAAAAUGCUGUGCAUGGAUCCCAGCAAAAGAAUUACAGCAAGAAGUGCUCUUGAGCAUGAAUACUUGAAGGAUAUAGGGUUUGUACCCUGAGGAUACCUUUUGAACCGCUUUCCCCCAACUAUCUUCCUGAGAAAGUGUCUAUAUUAGUUAAAUGUAUUGUGUAGCAAUUUGUGGGAUUUUAAUUGUGAGAAAUUAAAUGGUGUGUGGUCUAGUCUAUUAUAUUUUUCUUUGUUUUGUUUUGUUUCGCUGUGUUCAAUUUCCCAUGGACGGAGCAGAUAGAUUUUAUAUACUUUUAUUAAAUGGAACUGGCUUUUUUGCAGUUA